AACAACAUUCGAAAGGAUCAAUCAUACUGAUAUGCUAUAAAUAUGCUGUGCAAUGCCGAUUUUGAAAGUGGAAACAAUCGGAAUUUACAUUUUCGCAAUAUGGAUCAUAUCAAUGACUAUAUUGGUUGAUGCAAGAUACGUGAAGAAUGGUUCGAAAUAUCCAUCGACUGAAAAGGCCAAAUUUGACGAUUUAAAUGUAGAAGCGGUAGUUUAUUCUGAAAUUCAAAGGACACUAAUCUUAAAGAUCACCUGGAACCCAGCGAUUACUCAUAAUGAUUCAAGUUUUCGCGUUGUUGUAAGUCCAAUCGGAGGAGGACUGUGCCAUCACGAUUUUUGCGACCAGAGUGGAUUAACCACGUAUAACGCAACCCUUUUCGUUCCAACGAAACCAACAAAUCCAGAAACUAGUCACCCUCAAUGCCGAAUCGAUCCCGGCUGCAAUUACACUAUUACCAUAGAAGAUGGUGAGCUGGAAAGUAAAGUUAAUUAUACGGUUCCGGAUCGUGUUGGUUCUGUAUACUCAUGCCAGCAUGAACUGGAUCUACCGGCUGUUAACAGUAGCGCAGUAAUCGAUUCUGAAUGGAUGACCAUACGAUGGCAGAUAAACGGCAACUACAGCAUUCCUAGCGACAUUUCAGUGUACAUUGUAGUGAUAGUUACCGACAUCAAUGAUAUCGGAACUAAAUUGAAAGUAUUCAACCACACAUUGUCCGAUCCGAAGCAACAGUCGGGCGAAUUCGAAUGGAUGGUUCCUUCCAGUAGUGCUAAUUAUUUGACCCGCACUUUUGUCUUCGACAGUCAUAACUGCAAUGGGUUUCCACCUUAUUUAGCUAAAGCUUAUAGAAAGCCACCCAUUAAAUAUCCGGUAAGUCAAACAAUCGUCACUGAAUCUUUUCUGCACGUGUAUAACGAGAUAAAAUGGUUCGUAGUUGCGGCCGCUACAUUCGUCCUGCUCACUCUUAUUGCGUGGUUAAUAUACAAGACCAAAGUGAAAGACAAACAACAUCCGAGCAAAGGGAAACCGGGUUUUUUCUGCGGAAUAGUUGGAUUAAAUGAAGGAUACGUUCCAUCUGAUAUUCCGUCAGAAAUCGACCAUGCGGAUCUCACAUUAAUCAAAAAAAUUGGAGAAGGGGCAUUCGGCACUGUGUACAUUGCUAGACGCAGAAUAAUCUUCGGUAAACCAGGCUUCCAAAUUGUAGCUGUUAAGCAGUUAAAGAAGCGACCAACUGAUGAACAGAGAGACGAAUUUUUCGGCGAAAUCGAAAUGAUGAAAAAAGUUCCGCGACAUUCCAAUGUCGUGGCACUACUCGGUUUCUGUAAGGAAAAGGAGCCACUGCAAAUUGUUAUGGAGUAUGUGGGUUGUGGAGACCUGAGGGCGUAUCUUCAGAAAUUGAGAGCCAGACACGAAGAACGAUACGGAAAAAACAGGGUCACAGUUAAUCCGUGUGAACACAAUCAGCCGCUGCUUGCGCCUCCAUCCGGGAGAUAUUUAGACUUGAUGAAUUCAUCUGCGAGUAGUACAUCAGAUUCAUCGCAUGCAACAGACGAGGGUCCCAAUGUUCGACCAUCUGUUACCGAAACCAUGUACACAACGUUAAGCAAUAACGAUGACAUAACAUCAAUAAGCAAUUCAUUGGAGUACGUUUUAGAUCACAAAGAAUUGUACAAUUUUGCCAAGCAAAUAGCCGAAGGGAUGAAACAUUUGCAUGACAUGAAAAUAACUCACAGAGACUUGGCGGCUCGCAACAUUCUCAUUGAUGAACACCGAACUUUGAAAAUAUCCGAUUUCGGUUUAUCGAGAAGUGGAAUUUACGUAAAUCCCAAAAAUAAAGCGGUACCGUUACGGUGGCUCUCUAUCGAAGCAAUACGAGACAAUUUUUAUUCGUCCAAGAGUGAUGUUUGGGCUUUCGGCGUUGUAUUGUGGGAAAUCGGAGCGCUCGGUGGUUAUCCCUAUCCUGCCGUUCACAACUACGACCUGUUGCCAUAUUUAUCUGCUGGUAAUCGGUUAGAGAAGCCAGAAAAUUGUUCCGAUUAUUUGUACGAACUAAUGAUGGAUUGUUGGGCGGCGAAUACGGAUGAUCGUCCCGAUUUUAACAACAUUCUUGCCAGAUUGGAUCUACAUGAGCGGACGUAUUAUGUUGAUUUUAGCGAAUUAAGUUCAGAUUAUGUGUUUCCUCCCACAAAGGAACAGAUACAAAACCACAAAAUGAGUAAUGGCCUGAGGCAUUGAGAAAUUUAAAACGAUUUUUUUUUGUAAUUUGUUACGUUGAAUCGAAUUAAGGUGGAUGAUUGCGGAUGCGGUUUGUUUGGAUUAUUAAUUAGCGUAGCCAAUUGGAUUUUGGUUUUUCUUUACUUUUUUUUCCAGAAUUUGAUUUUUCACUAAACUUCAUUGACUCAUAUUAAAUGCGGUUGUAUGAUAAUGUUAAACAUACAAUCUGGGGGUGAAAUAUUUGAGCAUUUACUCAGUGUUAAAUACGAUAAAAUAUUUUAAUUGUGUUCACGGAAGCAUUUUUCUUUGUGUGGUAUAUAUACAUCGUGUGGGUGUGACGUGACUUGUGUGUGUCUGGUUAAUAAAUUAGAAAUCAAAUCCCUGUGGAAAAUUCUCUUUCACUUUUCGACUUCUAGAAAAAUUACCAUACGCACAUCGGUUCUCAUUCUAACUUUUUUUCGCACAUCUGGGACGGAAAUCAACUCUUUCUUGAUUAUUUUGGUUAAAGCCUAUGUCGUCAAAGGUCACUUUUUUACCAGAAAAUGCUUCGGAUUGGAAAAGAUUUACCUUUUUGGAAAAUAGGGUUGAAAACAGUCUAGGUUUAAGGUCGGACCGUUCCGACCAUUCGGAUAAAAAGCUAUUUUAAACACAUAUGCUUAAAUGGAAAUUUUUCUCAAUAGAUGUGAAAAUCGUCAACACUGGCGAAGCCGAGGCUUAAAACACAUCGUAUAUGCUCGAAAUUCCAGUUUAGCAUAAGUUAUCAACCAGAUUAUAUGCACAUGUGAAUGGGAUCCGCAUUUCUUACAAACGUUACUAUUACGCACUAGUGCGCAAAUCGGUAUAUGAAACUUCACUCAAUUCAUGCACUACCUUGAUCGCACUACUGUGCACAAUAACUAUUUGGGAUGAACCGCAAGUCGACUUUAAUCAUCCUGUCUAAUAAAGUUGAGAAUAAAAUAUUAUUGAAAGGUGAUAUGAAGCGAAAAAAUCAAUCGAUGAAGUUAGGUAGAAGAAACUGUCGAGAAUGUAGGAUAUUGCCGCUGAGAUGUUAUCCCCGUACGAAUACGUACACCUGUCUGAAGCAUAUACUUCGAAACGCAUACCUACCACCGAAUUCAGAAUCUAGUCAUAGACAGUUUUUCCCUUACUCAUCACUUGGUGUGCUAACUGUUACAACCAGCACAUUAAAGCUAUUAGCCACUAGUAUUCCGUACGGGACUAACAAACUUUUUCCGCGUAUUCAUUUCGCUAUGAAGACGUGCGGAUUUUCUUCUUUUUUUUGUUAACAAACAAGUAAAAAAGUAAAUCACGUGGAAGACCUUGGCUUUUCUGCGAACUGUUUAUUCCUACUUUGCUCCGAGAUAUUUUUGAACAAAACAAGGAAGGGAAUGGUGGUCUUCGAUUUGCAAUUCUAAUAUUUCUCUUAUGUUUUUAAUGGCUUAGGAAUAAAAAUCGUGUUUGGUGUGGCAUGAUAAAAUUUCUGAUUGUAACGUCAUCAAGGUAUAAAAACUGAACUGGACAAUCUCAGCGGUAUAUGUGGGUGUUGCAUUUAUUUGUGUAUAAAUUUCUCGGAAAAUGAUGGAAAUGACGAAGAAAACGCAAAAA